GCUCUUGCAUAACUCCCUGGCUGCACCAGAUUUUCCAUUUUAACAGAAAUGGCUAAUUAAGAAGCAGAAAAAAAAAAAAAAGGGAAGGCGCAGUUAGUACCAAGCUAAGCUGCAGGGCUGAUCAGAUAUGGCCUCUCUUGGAGGACUUCUUCAACUUCCACUAGUGGAUUCCAGCAAUAUUAGUACAUGUUAUGGAAUUGAAGGCAUCUCUGGUCAACCAGGCUGCAUCAGAUACUGUGCCAAGACAUCCAUCUCUGAUGAUGGUUCAGGAGAAAUGGUAACAUGGGCACAUGAGAAGCUGCUUUCCAUUGACCCCAAUGAAAGGGGUUUGAGCUAUUCCCUUGUGGAAAACAAUCUAGGGUUUGAAUCUCAUAUGGCUACAAUAAAAUUAUUGCCUUCUGGAAGCCAAGAGCAAGAGGAGUGUGAAGUAAUCUGGUCCUUCAGUCUGGAGCCAAUUGAAGGACAGACUCUUGAUGCUACAGUUUCUACUUAUGAUACUGCUAUACAAUCCCUGAAAAAGCAGAUGGAAGAUCAUCUCCAGGUUAAAAGCAAAGAAUAAAUCUCUCCAAGUUCACAACUUUCAUUCCUGUAUUGAGUCAAUAUAUAGUUUCUUUACAAUAAACUCCUAUUGUGUUCA